UGCGAUCAUGGGUACAGUACUAGCUAAGGGUAAGGUCCCUCUGUAAAUCCUCAGCCCACUUCCUCACGAGUUCAAACUCGACUUCCAUUCUGCGCCAGCAAUUGGGCUUUAUAACAACCAAACACAAUGGCUGAUGCACCCCCCUCCCUCCCGGGCCCUAUGCCCUCGUCCUUUGACGGUGACCAGUAUGCUUCAAUUCCAGCUUGCUAUACCGUGCACUCCCCGCUCAUGCGAUAGUCCAGGGAACUUCAGAAUGAAAGACCAAUGCAAAAGGUCCUCCGCAAGAUCAAGGAGGAGCCGUUGAUCCCCCUAGGAAUGGGUCUGACCACUCUCGCCUUUAUCAAUGCCUACCGAGCCCUCCGUCGUGGUGAUUCAAAACAGGCGAACCGCAUGUUCCGAGCCCGAGUUGCAGCACAGGGUUUCACCGUAUUCGCCAUGCUUGCCGGCAGCAUGUAUUACCAGAAGGACCGCGAGAAGAGCAAGGAGCUCCGCCAGCUCCAGGAGCAGAAGGAUGCUGAGGAGAAGCGACAAAAGUGGAUUCGUGAGCUCGAGGCCCGAGACGAGGAGGAAAAGGCCAUGCGUGCGAGACUCGAGAAGAAGAGACAGCAGGUCCAGGCCCAGCGGGCCGAGGAGACCAAGGCAGCUGCAGAACCGCAACCCGAAGGCACCGAGACUUCCAGUAAUGGAGGUAUUCUGAGCCGCAUUGGCUUGUGGCCACAGGGCACCAAGGAAGAGAAGAAGGAUGACAACAAAGCCGCCGCUGAAGCUGUCGAGGAUGAGGCCAGCGCAAAGAAGAAGAAGAAUCCCAAGAGUUCUCUGGGCGAUCUUGGCGAAAUUAUCUCAAAGAGGAAGGACUGAGAACAAACAAUGUACAUUAGGAGCAAUUGGUCAUGAUGGAGGUUUGUAUAAAAGUUUCGCAUGCUAAUUUAUGGCAGAAAACAUUGUGUACGAUAGACAACGGGCGGUACCUUCGAGUACAGUGUGGCUCUACUCCCAAGCUACCAAGGCAAAUGUUAAUGAUUGUUAAUAUUUAUUGAGCUUGAAGAUUGUGAACUUUCAAGACAGACAGUUGCUUAACCGAUGUGCUAUCCAGGCUUUAAGAACAUAUGUUGUCUGGUAAUACUCAAUUUCUUGGGGGUUGCUUCACGUCAUAGAUCCUCCACUUCGGUUCCCUCCAAUCAACCCCGCCAUCUCGAGUAACGCCCGAUCAGCCUCGAUAUCUCCAUUUCCAAGAUUGAUCUUGCGGCGAGCUUCAGCCUCUCGUUCCUCCCAAGCCCAUUUCUCGGCUUGGGCUUGGGCUUCUUUAUCACCGCCACAGCCCCAAACUUCGAGACUCUCGAUCUGGAAUCGGUCCUGGAAAUCAUACUUUCUCACCACACUCGAGUGAAAUGCACCUCCUCGAGAUGUAAAAUCGUGGUUGAAGACUGCAAACUCGAACGAGUCGUCAAGUAAUAGUGAUACAGGGCCUAGGCGUAACAUGUCGGCCUUUCUGUGAGCUUGAGAUGGGUGUGGAUGAGGGCAACCGAACGACAUCAUGGGAUGGUGCGCUGGUGCUUUUGUGAAAGUAACGUAGUCUUUGUUGAUAGUUGAUGCCGGGAAGACAUCAUGAAUUGGUUCAAGUUGAAAUAGCGUUGUUUCUGAAUCGCCGAAGCAUUCCCGGUGGGUGUGUUUCCAAGGUUCACGAACGUAGACACCAAAAGUGAGCCGAUCCGAUCUGCUGCCAUGAGGGAACCGCUUCGGAGGUAAGGAUGCCGCGAAACUGCUUUCUUGACCACCCUCCGGCUCAUCUCCCAGCCGUGUUCCGCUCACCAGGAGCAGUGUUGGAGCUUGCCAGUUGAAAACUUUGGUCUGGAAACUUCCCAUAGAGAAACCGGCAUCAUUGCCCGAGUACAGGAGCCUUACUCGCCGGAAGAGAUCUGUCCCAGGAAGGAAGAGCGAGAUCUGGGACAAAGUGUUCUGGUUAAGUAUCUCGCCCG